GCGCUCUACUCGAUCGGGCCCGGGUGAUAUAACAUGCUCGGCCUGCUGCGAUGUGCCGCUCUUGAAUCGACCGCACAGUGGAAGGCUCUUUCCGCAUCCCCAUGGCGACGAUGCCUCUCGAAAGUCGUCGACCACAGCCGGGUACCGGUGCUGCGCGAUGAAGAUCUGGAGGAAUCGUUCGUGCGGGGCAGUGGACCGGGUGGACAGGCAGUUGCCAAGACCAACAACAAGGUGGUACUGACGCACAAACCGACCGGAAUCGUCGUGCAGUGCCACACAACCCGGUCGCUGUUUGAGAAUCGUCGCGAAGCGCGCAAGAUGCUGAUCGGCAAGCUGGACCAACUGUACAAUGGCGAUCAGUCGGUGGAGGCGCAACUCCAGCGAAUCGAAGCGAAGAAGCAGACGGAAACGGCGAGACGCAAGCAAAAGCUGCAGGCAAAGAAAAAGGCUUGGAAAGAGCGUGAAUUUGGUGAUGAGUCGGACAAGAGUAGCUAAACCAUUUGGCGGGUAGUCUUUAAUAAACGCUUAAUGUUAUAUAAUUUA